CUCUCUCGUUUUCGUCUUCAUCAAUCGUCCAUUUGGACUUGUUCCAAUUUUCCGAUUUCUUUUCGUCUCUCAUCAAUUCUUGUCUCUCUAACAAACAGAAACCCUAGAGCAAUGGCUGAUCUGGUGGUCGCAGACCCACCGAAACAGCCUGAUCAGAGCCCUACCGCCGUCGAUUUCUCGGCCGAAUUCGAGCCCCUCUCGAUUCCUCCUCUCGAUCACCAAUUCUUCUCGUCCGACGACGCCGCGUUAAGGGAGGAUUUUUUCUCCGAUCUAGGGUUGGGGUUGGAAGAGAAUUGCGAUUACGAUUUCACUUUCGACGAUAUCGGAGAUGAUCUCUACCUGCCUUCCGAGACCGAGGAAUUCUUAAUCCCCGACGGGCUCGAUAUUGGCCCCAAUUCUCUCUCUCCGAAUGGUACUAAUUCCGAUCGAGAUGUUAAUCCGAUCUCUGAAGCUGAUGUGGCUGCGAAAUCAGCGUCUCCGGAAUCGGAAAGCUCUACUGUCUCCGGCGUUAGGGAUUACGAUGUCGCCGGUUUUCUCAAUUGUCAGUCGUCGGAAUCUGGAGGCUGUAACAGCGAGUACUCUCGUAAUUUAGCUGAUCGUAAGUCUAAGAUCGAUGGAGUUAUGGAUUCUCCGUCUCCUGAUUGCGGUAAUUGCGAUCAGGAGUGCUCCGGCGAAGCGGUGUCGUCUCAGGGAUCGGGAAAUUGCGGCUCAGGCGUUUCGGAGGGGGCGAAUUCACCUGCGCAUUCUGGUAAUUCCGAUAAAGACGUUUCGUCCUGUGUUUUUGUCGAUCAAAAGGUCAAGGUGGAAGAAGUUGGGAAAAAUUACAUGUCGAAGAGGAAGAAGGAGCCAGAAGAAGGGAACGCGGAAUCGAGGACUCCGAAGUACAGGAGAUCGUCGGCGCCUGCAGAGAAUACGCAUUCACAGUCCACUUUGAAUCCUUUGAGCGAUGAGGAAGAGAAACGGAAGGCGAGAUUGAUGAGGAACCGCGAAAGCGCUCAGCUUUCCAGACAGAGGAAGAAGCAUUACGUAGAAGAACUAGAAGAUAAGUUGAGAAGCAUGAAUUCUACAAUUACCGAUUUGAAUAGUAGGAUAUCAUAUAUUAUGGUUGAGAAUGCGAGUUUAAGGCAACAACUGAGUGGUGGUGGAAUCUGUCCGCCGCCACCACCAACACCGGGGAUGUACCCGCAUCCCCCAAUGGGGCCCAUGCCUUAUCCGUGGGUCCCAUAUGCGCCAUAUGUAGUAAAACCACAAGGGUCUCAGGUUCCUUUAGUUCCCAUUCCUAGAUUGAAACCCCAACAGACGGUGUCAGCUUCUAAGGCUAAGAAAUCAGAGGGUAAGAAGAGUGAGGGUGGUAAAACUAAGAAGGUUGCUAGCAUUAGCUUUCUGGGUUUGUUAUUUUUCGUCUUUCUUUUUGGUGGGCUGGUUCCUAUGGUGAAUGUUAAUUUCGGUGGUUUGACGAACAACGCUCCUGGUGGGUUAGUUUACACUAGUGGGAGGCUAUAUGAUCAGCACCGAGGAAGCGUUUUAACAGCUGAUCACCUUCUGAAUGGAUCCGGAGAAAAUAUGAGAGUGGGAAGUUUUAACAGCGUACAACAUGAAAGAGGCCGUGAACAAGGAGAGAAGUUGGAAUGUGGGGAGAAAGAAAGAGGCUCUCAGGCUUUACCGGGCUCUGGUGAAUUUAUUCGUCUUGGAAAUGAUAGCGAGCCUCUUGUUGCUUCUUUGUAUGUUCCAAGAAAUGAUAAGCUAGUCAAAAUUGAUGGGAACUUGAUAAUUCAUUCUGUCCUGGCGAGCGAAAAAGCUAAGGCCUCUCUUGCGCAUUCGGAAAUGAAGAGCAAGACGGAAACCAGUUUGGCAAUCGCUAGAGAUGUCGCUCCAUCUUAUGCUGUUCCUGAAGUUGGAGGGAAUAGAGGGAGACAUGCUCCCUUGUACAGAAACCCCGUGGAAAGACACAAGGCUCUUUCUUCUGGUGCCACUGAUGCUACAAAUGACCGUUUGAAGUCAAGUGCUGCAGAUGGUAAACUACAACAGUGGUUCCGUGAGGGUCUUGCAGGACCAAUGUUGAGUUCUGGCAUGUGCACUGAAGUCUUUCAGUUUGAUGUAUCACCUGCUUCUACUUCAGGAGCUAUAGUUCCUGCAUCCUCAAUUUCCAAUGUUUCAGCAAAACAACGUCAAAAUACCACACAGAACGGGAGACGCCUAAAGGGGGUGAAUAGAAGGAUCCUUCGAAGACUCCCCGCACCCCUCUCUGAUUCUAAUUUUAACAUCAGUGAAGAACGCACAAGUAGGAAUCUGCGGAAAGAUGAAUUUCAAGGUAGUAGAAAUGUCUCUUCUAUGGUUGUUUCUGUGCUUGUUGACCCUCGAGAGGCUGGGGAUAAUGAUGUUGACGGUGUGAUGAAGCCAAAGUCACUUUCGAGGAUUUUCGUAGUUGUGCUCAUGGACAGUGUGAGAUAUGUGACUUACUCCUGUGUGCUUCCGCGAUCUGGUCCUCAUCUUGUAACUGCUUGAGGGUGAAUAGCGGAAGCUUGUGUUAGAGUUCCAAAUUGAUAACUACAUCGAAUUCCAAUCAACCAACUCCCAGUUUUGUAAAUAGGAUAACAGUCUCUAUUAGAUUUUUAACUUCUUUGUCUGCUCUGAACUUCUCAUACUAUCCUUACCUAGCUUAUAUUAGUCGUACUUUAUAAUUCAGUGGUUGAGCUUGGGUAAAACGCCCCAGUUUGCCACUUGUUUGUAUGGAACACAUGGAUUUUAACUUUAAUUUAUCAAUUCGGACUAUUAUAGGGAAA